UGUGAUCUAGUGAUCUUGUCUUGGUUCAAUCCGAUCAACAGUUUUAAUCAAAUGGAUCAUCUUGUAAACCUAAUAUUGAAACCAAGCAAUUAUUUGGUUGAAUUAAUACGUAUUGAAGUUGAACAAUUGUUCAUAAAUGGUAGCCGGGCCAUCGUGUUCAAUCACUCCGAUUUGUUCCGGGCAAAAGCAAAACCAGGGGCGGCAACAAAUGGCGCCAGGACGGAUGAGCCAAAGCUUCCAAAAUCUGUACCCGACGCAUCAUCCAUUCUAUAUCCAUUUCCCAUAAACAAUUCACUACAUCAUUACUAUCCUUCCCCACGUUCCAACAAUCGAGUUUGAAUCCAAAAACAAAGCGCGAUGCAAAGCAUUCGAUUCUUACGAAUUCCUCGAUUUUCUCCCAAUCUUCUAUUCUUUCAUCUUCUUCCUCUGAAACCCAUUUCCAAAAUUCCCGCCAAGAAUUUCAGUUCCCAAAUGCGGUCUUCGCCAUCAUCUUCCUCGUCUAAGCUCUUGUUCCGUCAAUUGUUCGAGAAGGAAUCUUCCACCUACACGUAUCUUCUCGCUAAUGUUUCCCAUCCUGACAAAUCGGCGAUCUUGAUUGACCCGGUUGAUAAGACUGUAGAUAGGGAUCUAAACCUUAUAAGAGAAUUGGGAUUGAAGCUUGUAUACGCUAUGAACACUCAUGUGCACGCCGAUCAUAUCACUGGCACUGGCCUCAUCAAGACUAAAGUUCCAGGAGCAAAAUCUGUGAUCUCAAGAGCUAGUGGUUCAAAAGCUGAUCUGUUGAUUGAACCUGGCGAUAGAAUUUCUUUUGGUGAUCUAUUCCUGGAGGUUCGGGCGACUCCUGGCCACACAUCAGGCUGUGUCACGUAUGUAACAGGGGACGAACCCGAUCAGCCCCAUCCUAGGAUGGCAUUUACUGGGGACGCUCUGCUGAUACGUGGAUGUGGGAGGACCGAUUUUCAGGGUGGAAGUUCAAAGCAGCUCUAUGAAUCUGUACACUCGCAGAUCUUCACCCUGCCAAAGGACACGUUGAUCUAUCCCGCUCACGAUUACACAGGAUUUAGCGUUAGUUCCGUAGGCGAAGAGAUCGAACACAAUCCACGGCUUUCCAAGGAUCUGGAAGAAUUCAAGAAAAUCAUGGAAAAUUUGAAUCUGGCAUAUCCGAAGGUGAUGGACAUGGCAGUUCCAGCAAAUUUGGUGUGUGGGCUGCAACAUCCAGCUUCUUCUUGAUUCUGUGAGCUCUGAUUCUUUGUGCUUGCUAAAAACAAGAAUUAUAAUCUAA